UCAAGCAGCUUUCCGCUUUCAGCAUUCCGCUCUGCCAGCAUUCUUUCAGCUGACUGCAGACGGGUUGCCAGCACAACUUUUCUCUCUGACUUCCUCACAAAACAGGACCAAAAUGGAUCUGAGGGAAUAUUUUAAAAGGAUUGGGUUCUCUGGUCUGAAUGAUAAAGCUGAUCUGGACACAUUGUGCACCAUACACAAGCUUCAUGUGAUGACUAUUCCCUUCGAGAACCUAAGUAUCCACUGUGGAGAGAAGAUCACAAUGGACCUAAAGGUCAUCUACGAGAAGAUUGUGUGUGACAAUCGUGGAGGCUGGUGCUGUGAGAGCAACCUGCUCUUCUCCUGGGUGCUGAAAGAGAUGGGUUAUACAUUCACCACUCUGGGUGCCAAGGUCUUCAACUCACUCAAGAACGAUUUUAACCCCUGGGAAUCUCAUCUCAUCAACAUGGUGGAGAUUGAUGGCAUGUCUUAUAUUGCUGAUGUGAGUUACGGGGUAUCAUGCCAAAUCUGGCGUCCGUUAGAAAUGAUCUCAGGCAAAGACCAAUCUCAGCCCUCAGGGGUGUUCCGCUUACUGAAGGAUGGUGAUAGGUGGAUCCUAGAGAAGACAGGGAGGAAGCCCUUGGUCCAGAACGAGGCCUUCGCCAACUCAAGCCUUAUUGACAAGCGUGUGACGAAGACCGUCUACAGCUACUUGUUGAAGCCACGUGGUGCUGACCACUUUCUUAAAACAACAGAGUUCCUCCAGACCAGUUGUGAAUCUUUAUUUACCCAGAAAUCCAUCUGUUCUAUACAGACACCCACUGGCUUCAGAGCUCUGAUUGGUUGGACCUACAGUGAGGUCACUUUUAAUCCUCAGGAAGACACAGACAUCAUAGAGAUGAGAGACAUUCCUGACAGUGAGAUAGAGACAGUACUGAAGGAAAAGUUUAAUGUUACUUUGCGUAAUAAACUGACGCCUAUAAACAACAAAGCUGCCUAUAAAUUAUAGGAGGUUUGCUGUUUAUAUGUGCUGCGCUUUACUUAGUGCAGCAUUUUUAAUUACUUACACAUUCCAUGGUAUGAAUUAAUAUAUUGUAUACUAUUACAUUAUUAUUAUUAUGUAUUAUUGGAAAGAUUCCUCAAUACCUCAGUUAUUAUGUCUUUAAAUAAGCAGAACUUUAUUCGUGGUUCAUUUGCUUUGUUGGAGAAUUUUUGCUGAAUUAUUUCUAUAUUGUAAGUACUAAUCUUCAAUCUUUUAAUGAACUGAUUUAACCAAUUAAAACUUGAA